AUGAUUUAAAGCAGAAAAAAGAGACCAUCGAAAUAUAACGUUGUGGAUGACCAAAAAAGAGAGCAAAUAGUGGAAAAAAUAUUUAAGGAAAAGAUGAAAAUCAAAGAGGUAAGGCUAAAACACUCUAUUUAGGUGGCUUAACUAUUUUAAAUUCCACUAUCCACUGUAAAAGCAGUAAAAUCAGUUUAUCUAAAGGAAGGACGAAUUUAGAAGAAAGCAAAGAGGAACCGUCCUAAAAAGGUUGUCACGACAAUUAUUGUUGCACUUAUUGACAAAAACAAGAUCCCCACAGAUGCGAAUGAGAUCUAAAAAUGUACUAAAGUGAGCUUUGGCCAUGCAAAUCAAAAUGGGAAUUUGACUGAGCAGUGCAUGAAAUAAGGGAUAGAUUUGCUUAUGUAGAUGUUGACCUAAAUUCGAAAGAACCAACCAUCCAUUGGCAAACAUUCCGCUAUGCUAUCAAAGUUGCUGAAGAAUUAUUAAUAAUAAUGUAAAUCAUUUGAUUGA